AUGGGGAUGUGGCGGCGUUUGGUGGCAGCCGUCGGUGUCCCGGCUUUGGCUGCUGCUACCCUCCCAUCCGCGAUCGAAAAGGAUGAUGAAUGCCAGGAUGAGACGUGCGCCCUGGGUGCCCUUCAGCUGACGGGCCAGAAGAAGGUCUCUGAGUUUGUAGACGAGGCCGAUGCUUUCGAGGCCAUGGACUUCCAACAGGAGGCGGCUGCAAUGGCUCGAGAUAGCGAGGCUUCGGGCAUGCCGCGCUUCUAUCCUCUGGACCAUGGUUGGCACAAGGUGGCAACGUCUCCCGGCGAUCGGGUUGGCUUCACUCGAGCUUCGCUGCGAAGCUGUGAGUAUUUCUGUGCCAACACGGACGGCUGUCACAGCUUCGAGUCAUGUCCGAAAACGCGUGCCUGUGUGCUCAGAUCACAGGCUCUGUCGGGUACAGAGCCUUGGGAGCGGUCCACAUACUGCCAGACGUGGUAUCGCAAACAACCCGGCUUCUCGCCAACGAGCGGCAAGCCGGUGGUCUACAAGCAAUGUGAGAAGGGCAGCGUCCCUCAGGCAGGGAAAUGCGUGAAAGCGGAUGGCCCGGCCUCGAUGACGUUCUACCAGUACAGCGCUCAGAGCAAGUACGAUCCCGACCGGAAGUGGGAGAACAUGGACAUGGCCAGCCUGGGAGGUGUCCUGUUCUAUCUGCACAACGAGGUGGUGGGCAACAACGGCGAGCAGCUGGUGGACGGAAAGAGAACGACGAAGUUCGCGAUCGACCGCAUUGUCCGCUUCAAAGUCACUGUGCACAACACAGAUGCACUUUGGAAGCAGUUCCGCUCCCAGUUCGGACAGUUCAUCCAGUUCGACUACGGCCAGGCCACUUUCGGCAUGCCCGACCACGUGAAGAGACUCGUGCCGAAUUCGGCAAGGUUGGGUUUCUACGGCCUUUGGCUUAGAGCCGAGUCCAUACCGGAGGCUAUCCAGCAGUUGGCUCUGGAUCGCACAAAGCAGCUCCUGGAUUUCAUCUCCGGUUUCCGGCAAAGCAAGACCUUUGAGGACUGGUUCGAGAAUCACAAGGAUAACGUGCAGCUGAUGCAGUGGCUGGACGACGUGGCCAAGCUGCAUACUUUGACUGUGAGUGUGCUUCAGAAGGAGGAAGAGGCACUCACCGGGGAGAAGUUGGAGGAGUUGAAGAUUGCCCGGAGUCAGCUCCUGGCCAAGAAGAGUAGCUUUGUCGAGUCGAUGACAUUGUGGCCACUGGGCCAAUUCAUCCAACAGGCAGCGAACUCUCGGAUGGAAAUCUUCCUACGUGACCAGAGUUUGAAGGCAGAGCUGCAGCAGUGCCUUCAGCUCAGCAGUCAGUUGAAGACAUUCACUUGCGACACCAUGUUCAAGCCAGAUUCCCUCGAGAUUGCCGUGCCCGGGGUGAGCAAAGUCGUAGAGAUGGUCUCGAAAUUCAACAUGGCGGAGCAGCUCGGUUCUAAGGCAUUCUUGCAGGAGCAUCAGGACCAGCUCAAGAUCAUCGGUGUCAAGAUUACUGAGCUGCAGAAUGCGAUGCUCACUGCUUGUGUGCACAAGUUUCGCAAGAGUGUUGGCGAAGGACUCCGUCCCUUGCUAGACACCCUCUUGGGAGGUCAGAUCGAUGCCGACUCCACCGCUCGUCUGGUGGAGUCUGUGAACGAGGCAAAGAAUUUCAAUCCCGUGCAGACCAAUGUGCUCAACAAGUGUUUGGGAACUUCGGCGGCCCCCAUCCAGGAUGCAGUGCAGGAGACACGUACAUUUUGGACCCGUUUCUCGUCGGUCAUUCCGGCUGUUGUGGGCCUGAUGAAUAAGGAGACUGUUAAUUGUGUCGUGCAAAGGUUGCUUUCGUCAGAUCUGCUUGCACUCAUGGAGAUUUACAACGAUCCCUCCAAGACUGAUCUCGUACAAAAGCUCUGUGUGGAUUUGUGGCCUCAGAUGUCCCAGCAUCUGUUGGCGAAAGAGUCUGCCAGCUUCUCACAGUUCACUGUGUUCAUGGCCAUGCCCGACAGUGCCGAGAAGGUGUUGGUGAAGGAGAUCGUGGGCGAGUUCCAGGGCGACGAGGACAAGGUCACCCUAGAUUAUGCCGCCAUGUAUCAGCAUUAUGGCCGGCAUCUUGCAAGUGAUUACUUCCCCAUCAAGUACCAGGUGGGUGCAGGCGAUACUACAGAUAUCACUUGUGCAUCCCUGUGUGCAGCAGGGUCUUGCCUUCCGGUUGCUAAGAUGAUCGUCCACAUCGCGAGCUGGACGAAGGAUCUUGGCGGCAUGUCUCCCUCCCGGAUUGUUCUCGGAGAAUGCCCUUCAUCCCCAGCCGACAUCGCUAAGCUGUUCAAUGGCAGUCGCAUGCACUUGUUGUGUGAAAAGACGCACGAAGCCGGCAAGUUCAUCCACACCUUGAAGGCUGCUUUUGAGGCCAGCGAGACGACAGGCCACGACGUGGCAAAGAGUUUCGUGAAGUCGUGUGCUGCUAAGGCACCCAAGUUGUUGGACAAGUUGGUUGACAUGGUCAAGGAAGAUGUCACAUCGCUCAUUGCAGACCUGAUCUCCCUGCAUUCCUCCGUGUCGGUCCGUGACCAGUUCAAGACGGCACUCGAUAAUGGUGCUUUGGAUGCGAAGCUUGGCUUUGCCAUGUGCAGCGAUGAGUCUGUGCAGAAGAUCUACCGAUUCCUGAAUUUCGGCCUCGAGGACUUCGUUGGCCUCAAGCAGGUCCUGAUUGCUGUUUGCAGUGCGACGACAAAUUUAGGAAGCACGGGCUCCUUCGACAUGUCAGGCUUUGAAACCACGGCCGCGAAUGCUAAGGGAGUAAUUCAAAAGUUGUCAGAAUUCAAUCGGGCGCCUGAGUCCCAGGAAGAGGUGACUUUGCAGUCCAUCUCCAGCAUGGUGGCGAACGCAACCAUGGUGCAAGCAUGCACUCGGGAUCUUCAGACGGGAGAAGCAAGAACAUCUCUCGUCAACAAAGCUUUGUUGGGCAUUAAGAAGCGCCAGUGGAAACUCCAUCCGCUGCUCACUCAGCGAUGUACAGAGGUGUUGAGUGGGAAGUCUGCAAGCAAGUCUGCAGGAAACUGCCCCGAGCCUGACGGCACGCCAGACUGCACCUGGCAUGUGGAGCCCGCUGGCUAUGUAAUGUUGGACGAGCUGACUGGCGUCGAUGCCGAGCAGGUGUUGAACGCAGGAGGCCAUCUCUACGAUGAGAUUCUGGAUGCGGGCACCGGUGGAGCGAAUAAUUUCUGGGCGAGAAAGAAGCUUGGCUUGAAUGGUACUGGGUAG